AUGUCCCCCCCAGUCUACAGCGAUAUCUCCAGAAAUAUCAACGAUCUAUUAAACAAGGACUUCUACCAUGCCACCCCAGCAGCAUUUGACGUGCAAACCACAACUUCCAACGGCAUCAAGUUUGCAUUGAAGGCCAAACAGCCGGUCAAGGACGGUCCAUUGUCCACUGAUGUGGAGGCCAAGCUGAACGAUAAGCAAACUGGUUUGGGUUUGACCCAAGGCUGGUCUAACACAAACAACUUGAAGACAAAGUUGGAGCUUGCUGACUUGACCCCGGGUUUAAAGAAUGAAUUGAUCACUUCCUUGAUCCCGGGCGUGGCUAAGUCCGCCGUCUUGAACACCACUUUCGUACAACCUUUCUUCACUGCUAGGGGUUCCUUCGAUCUGUGCUUGAAGUCCCCCACUUUUGUCGGUGACUUGACCAUGGCUCACGAAGGUGUUGUUGGUGGUGCUGAAUUUGGCUACGACAUCAGCGCCGGCUCCAUCUCCCGUUACGCCAUGGCUCUAAGUUACUUCGCCAAGGACUACUCCUUGGGCGCUACUUUGAACAACGACCAAAUAACCACUGUUGAUUUCUUCCAAAACGUCAACGCCUUCCUACAAGUCGGUGCCAAAGCCACCAUGAACCGCAAACUACCUAACGCCAAUGUCAACAUCGAAUUCGCCACCAGAUACUUGCCUGACGCCUCUUCCCAAGUCAAGGCCAAGGUCUCCGACUCCGGUAUCGUUACUUUGGCUUAUAAGCAAUUGUUGAGACCAGGUGUUACUUUGGGUGUUGGUUCCUCUUUCGAUGCUUUGAAGUUGUCUGAACCAGUCCACAAGCUAGGUUGGUCUUUAUCCUUCGAUGCUUGA